AUAAAUAUUCAAUUAUUUCUUUAGAAUACGUUCAGAUGCAUCUAUUCCAUCAUUAAUUAAUAUAUAAAAGUAUCAUUUCAGACUUUCUGUGUGAGAAAACAUGAGAAUAAUAAAAUCUUGUAUAAAUUUUUUACAUUUCAGAUUAUUAAAUGUCAAUUUAUUUGAUGGAAAAUGUUAUUGAUCAUUUACAUAUUUUUUUUUUUAGCUCACUAUGAUAUUGAUUACACUACUGGGAAUGUAAUGACAUUUGGUGCAGUAUUUGCUGUUUUCUUCAGUGGAAUAACUGGGAUAAUGGCUGGGGCCAACAUGUCAGGUGAUUUAAAAGAACCAAGCAAAUCAAUACCUCGAGGAACUCUUUCUGCUGUUGGAUUUACUUUUUUUACCUACAGUGUUUUAAUAUUAUUAACUGCAGCCACAUGUUCAAAUAUACUUCUGAAGAAUAACAAUGUCUACAUGGAAUACAUCAAUUUAUGGCCUCCAUUUGUUACAAUUGGAUUAUUUAUGGCAACUUUGUCUGCUGCUUUAAGCAAUUUAAUUGGUUCAUCAAGAGUACUGGAAGCAGUUGCAAAAGAUGAAUUAUUUGGUUAUUUUACAAGAUGUAUAGUCAGUUGUAGUAGAAAAAAUAACCCCAUUCUUGCUGUUAUUAUUGCAUGGUUUUUAAUUCAGUUAGUGUUGUUAAUGGGAGCUUUGAAUAUUAUUGCUCAAAUAACUUCAGUAUUAUUUUUGCUCUCCUAUUUGUCGACAAAUUUAACAUGUCUUGCUUUGGAAGUAGCAUCUGCACCAAAUUUUCGGCCCAUGUUUAAGUAUUUUUCGUGGUAUACAGCACUUAUUGGGCUGAUUGGAUGCGGUUCUAUGAUGUUUUUCAUAAGUGUUGCUUAUGCCAGUUUGUGUAUCGUUUGUUUCAUUUUACUGUUUUUGUGUUUGCAUUUGCGUUCUCCACCCAUCCGAUGGGGUUCUAUCAGUCAAGCAAUUAUAUUUCAUCAGGUUCGAAAGUAUUUAUUACUCCUUGACAGUAGAAAGGAUCACGUGAAGUUUUGGAGACCACAGUUUUUAUUUUUGGUCGCUAAUCCACGUUCUGCCAUACCUUUGAUAUCUUUUGCAAAUGACAUAAAGAAGAGUGGACUCUACGUAUUGGGACAUGUAAAAAUAGGAGAAACAGAGGAUUAUGAUAUAGAUCCCGUAACGUCGGAAUAUCCCUUAUGGUUAACUCUUCUAGAUAAACUUAAAGUGAAAGCAUUCGUGGAAGUGACAAUGGCCCCUUCGGUGAGGAAAGGUUUUCACCAUUUGAUACGUAUUUCGGGAUUGGGAGCCAUGAAACCCAAUACAGUAUUGCUGGGGUUUUAUGACGACAGUGAUCCUAGAGACUUCUUUGAAGCUGAUGGCACCUUUCGAGAGAUUCAAAAUGUGAUGUUGGGCAACGAAAAAUUUUUGGAGCUUCGAGGAGUAGAUGAACCACACGGAAUAUGUCCUGAGGAAUAUGUAUCCAUGAUCUAUGAUGGUAUUUUUCGCCUGCAGAAAAACGUGUGUUUGGCUCGACACUUCCACCUUUUUGAUCGAAAUGCAGUUAUCAAAUCCAAACGAAACUAUUCCAUUGACGUAUGGCCUGGUAAUGUCUUUACUCCCUCUUCUCUUACCUCUAUUGACAACUGUUGGCUGUUCACCAUGCAAUUGGCCUGCAUUCUGCAGAUGGUUCCGGGUUGGAAGUCCAAGACUAAGUUGAGGGUAUUCAUGUGCGUCGGAUCUGGAACAGAUAGUGAAGCGCACAGCGAAACUCGAUGGGUGAAUAUGUUGCGCAUGUUGAGAAUUCGUGCCACGAUUAAAGUGGUGGCCUACGAUGACCUGUCGAAGGAAUUCUCGGCUUCGGAGAAUGGACUUCCCAAUGAUUCAUACCUGAGACGGGUCAAUUCUACUAUUCGUUCGCACGGUUGUAAUACUUCAGUAGUAUUUGUGUAUCUUCCUCCACCUCCGAACGAUCCUAACUUGUAUUCGCCUUACUUACGGAAGUUGGACAUUCUCACGGUAGAUCUUCCUCCUACACUAUUAGUCCACGGAAUCAGUCCUGUCACCUCCACCACCCUCUAACAAUUCAAUAGAUUUUUUUACGUAGUUUUUACGAUAACUUUUCGGAAUUAUUGUACAUAGAAGGUUCCGGGCAGACACGUGCUGUACUCUCGGGUAGAUAAAUAAUUGGGGCGUGCGCAAUAAUAAAUUAUUUAUUACGAAUCUAGUCAUCUAAACUGUUGUUUUUUGAAUUAUUUAAAAGACGAAAAGUAAUUGCAUUGUGAAAUUUUAAUGGAGAAAUUAAUAAAAAGAUUAUUUAU